AUGUCAAAUGAGAGCCCCGGUGCGACGACCGGCGAUGGACGGAUAGGCUAUUCCGACUUCGAGGCGGGUUGCCUGGCCUACCUCGGCCAACGCUCCGCAGCGGCAGCGGCGGCGCCGGAGGCAGUACCGGGCAGCGACGGUGAUGCCGAAGGACAGCGGCUUGGCGCCGAGCUCUACGCUGGGGGCUGGUCCUGGUGCAGCGGCGCCCGCAACCGCAGCGUCUACCAUGCCGCCCCUCCCCGGGGCGGGCUGGUCCGGAGCGCCGAGCUGGCCGUGCAUCUCGACAUCUCGCCCCUCGUGUCUCCCGCUGGUGGGGACGAGGAUCUGCUGGGCGCCGGCGGAUGGCUCGAUGCUGUCGACGAUGAGGCCACGGUGAAGCCUUCGCCGCGGAUGCGCGUCCCGGUCCGGCUGCACCAGACGAUAGCAUGGUCGUCGACCUGGCGCGUCCCCGUUCUCUACUUCCAAGCCACGACGAUGGAGGGGCGACCGCUGUCCCUCGACGAGCUCACCUCCAGCUCGCUCCUCCACGGCUUUGGCACCCUCGACAGCGCGCUGCAUGGCGAGAGAGUCGCCAGCAGCGGCAGCGAAGGGAAGGACAGCAGCGCUGCAGCUCGUUUCCCGCCACUCAGUCAAGGGCAGCAUCCCUUCACUGACCUGCCGUGCUUCUACCUCCAUCCUUGCGAGACGGCCGGCCUGCUGGCAACUCUCGACGACGAGCAGUGCCAAGCUCAAAGCGACCUACCGCGAGGCAGCCGGUAUUUCUCGUACAUCGAGUCGUUCAUCAUGCUCUGUGCCACCGCAAUCGAGAUGCGCCUCUAG